UUUGAAAAGUAUCUCGCACGAUUGUCUCCCGAAUCCAUCUCUGAUGUACUCAGCAAAAUUCCCUAUCCGUGUGAAUACUUGCUCAGUGUUGACCAAUUGUACGCUGGUAUAAUCGCCUACAAGUUGCCAAUCAUGAGAGCCUGUUUCCCUCCGCCUACCACCACAACCACCACAACUACGACAACCACAACCACGACUACAACAACGGAACCUCCUCCGACAACACCUGAAACGAACUUGGUCCUGGAAGAGCAUUUCAGUAAGGAGGAGUUGAACGCCAUGAAGGCAAAAGUGCCAGGUGUUGGUAAUAUGUUGGUGAAAGUGAAUUUGAAGAAGCUGGACGAAAUUCGAGAAUUAAUCCGCUCGAAUGCCCUCAUUUCCAUCUUCAAUGCAUUUGAUGAGGACUACAUCAAGGCUCUCAACUCACUUAACACCACUAAUAUUAGCCGAAAAGGCAUUAGAAGAGCAUUACUAAAUAUCGACGUUAAAGGGGAUGCACGUAACAAGACUGCUCGUGUUCUAUUCGAAUCGCUCUUCAAAUAG